AUGGAGGUCGAGGAACAGACGCUGGAAGCUACACCGGAGACAGAGGUCAGCAGGGUGCGUUUCGCGUGUCUGAACGAACAACAACUUGGCGAGAUAGAGGAGGGGCGAGUUGAAAAAACUACUGAAAGGGCAACCAAGUGGGGAGUGAAGCUUUUGAAAGACAUGAGGAACGAGACGGUGAACUGUACCGGGACGCCGGAGGAGGUCUACGCGGGCGGCGGGUGGAGUCUGCCGCCGAUCGCCGUCAUCGUCUCCGCGGUGUUGUUCGUCUGCUUCCUGCUGAGUAUCCUGAUCAGUAAAGGGUUUCAGUACCUGGUGAACAACACGAAUCUGAUCGUCCCCGUGGUGGAGGACCGGCUACAGCCGCCAGGGGGCCGGCGGAUCCGCGCCAGCAGGAUCAGUCUCAGCUCUCUCGCGAGAAGAUCGAGACGGCGACACGACGCGAGAAGUCGGCUGGUCGCUGUGAACGGACAUGCCGGAGUCCUCAACGGAAACGGAAACACCGUCAUGGCGUCGACGGUAGACGACGCCAGCGCGAGAGAACGGAAACACUCCUCCGAUGCCGGGCUGCGCCCUCCCCACACCGUCUCCAUGCCGGAUAUCACCGACGUCCGGAACGGAAUUGUGGACGUCCGGACUAGACCAGACGAAUUCCGGAAUUCUAGUAGAUCGUCGUUGAGAAUGGACCGAAUCAGCAGUCCCCGUCUGCCCUGGACGAAAAAACGUAGCAGAAGCUGCAGGACUAAAUCAGACAGAACGCCGUGGGUGGACAUCCCUGUUGUCAUUGUCCAUCCGCCCUAA